AUGAGCGCGCUGCUGUCGUUUGACAAGGCGCUACAAUUGUGGACGGAGAUUGAUCUCCCCCUCCUCCAGAAGCGUCUCGACGAAAACGGCCUCGCCGUUAAGGAGGAUCAAAAAGCGCUGUUGGUGUCACGCAAGAACCUUGCCGCCAAAACCAAGGACUUCAAGAAACUCGACGACCUGGAGAAGUUACUGGAAAUCAAACCGCUUUUGAAGCUAUAUCAAAAUGAAAUUGAUAAGCUCACUAACCAGAAAAAGCUGGUCGAAGGGCACUUCUUCGAAGUGUACCGCGUGUUAUCUGAGGCGCCUGAUCCCAAACCAUUACUCCAAAUCCUGUUGGAUCUGGUGAUAAAAAGCGCUGAAGUCGACGAGUUGAAUGAACAACUCCAACAAGUUACCACUGAAUUAAACAAACGAGCAGACUACGAUCAGAUAAAGCAGCGGUUACUUCAGCUCGAACAACUGCAAGCAGAGACUUUAAGCCAACGUGUCAAGGCUAAAGAAGACGAAUACAAAAGCAUCAUUGAAGAGAAGGAGUCCAAUUGGAGUGAUAAGGAGCGUCAAUUGCAGAAACAACUCGCUGACGCCCAAAAACAGAUAGAGGAAUUGCGCACGAAUAACGAAGUGUCUGAGCUUCAGGCAAGCAACAACUUGGGGUCUAACGAUAAGGCAUCGGCAGCGGUGUUAGCUGAGCUUGAUUUUGUUCAUCGCGAGGCCGAGCUGCUGAAAAAGCGUUGUUACGAACUCGAAAAGCGCAAUGAAUUGUUACGAAGCAAGCUUGCCACAGCCGAGCUGGAUCUGAAAGUGUUGGAGAUGGAGGCGGGCUUCAAGAAGCAAGUACUGGAGCUUGAAGGGGAGAACUCAUUGCUUGUGGCCAACCUUGAUCAGGUGAGAUCAAAGUUGGAUCAGGUAUUGGCAGAGAAAACCGCCCAAAGCUCAAAUGAGAUUAAGCAUGUGCAACAGUUGACCGAAGAAUUAAGCAAGGUCAAACGUAAACUUGAAAAGGUGCAUGAUUAUGAAGAGUUGAAGCAUGAACUCCAGCUCUUGCGACAACUUGAGUUUGGCGUUGACGAUGACGAAGACACUGCCGUCAACUCGCAGUUGGUUACUAGAAACAAGCAACUUACAAAUCAAGUGGUGGAGUUGCGCGAGCUGCUGGCGCAAUUCCAGCAACAGAUUACUACGUUACAACAACAAGUUGAGGCUACUUCCACUGAGCUUCAACGAGUGAAGAAGCUCAACGUGAAGCUUGAAGAGGAUUUAGCUGGUGUAGACACUCUGGGUUCGCGCUUCAACGACACGGGGCUGAUGAUGCUGUUUGCGCCGCUGGUGGCGACUCAGGAGUCGUCGGCUCAGCCACUGAUUCUCCCCAUCAUCACCAAGCAACGGGACCGCUUCCGUGACCGCAAUGCCGAGUUGGAAGACGAAGCUAAGCGUCUCAAUACUACCAUCGCCGAGCUUAAACGCCAGGUGGGGCAUCUCAAGCAAGAUAACGAACAACUUUACGAACGCACACAGUACAUGGCGCUGUUUAGCAACAACAAGGCGAAGCGACUCACCCCGAAAGCCAAUUUACAUGACAACCCUUAUCGGGAACAAUACGAACUGAAGAUGCACCCUGUGGAACAAUUCCGCAUCCAAGAGCAGGAGAGAAUUAGUCUGGGACUCAAUCCCAUCGAACGGUUAUUCAUUCUGCUCACCCGAACUAUUUUGGCCACGCGUCUUACGCGCAUGGUGUUCUUCUUCUACUGUCUAGGACUCCAUUUGGUGGUGAUGAUGGUUACAAUAUACCUGAUGCUGGUGAGUCUGGGCUACGUACCUGAUGUUAGUCACCGGGGGUCGCUGGGCGGCCUUGCCAGUGGCCAAGUGGGUCGUCCCGACACCUUGGGUAAAGUGGUUGAGUAA